CCCCUUCCGGUUGGUUCUUUGGGGUCAAAUGAAAACACACAUUUCCUACCACUGUGUGUAUGUGUGUGUGAGAGAAAGAUAGAGGCGGCGGAGAAGCGGGGGCGCCGUUUGUUCUCCUGUCAACGCAAAAUCUUAGUUGCGUUUCCCGCCCAAACACUCGCCAAUUUUCGCUGUUUCUUUCAAUUUUGGGAGUAAUUGCCCCUUUUUUGCUGUGUCACUUGCGGAUUGGUUGCAUGAGAACUGUAACUGGAAAUUUAAUUGAUCGUUUGCUGAUUCUGCUGAGGUCUGCUGUGGCAGAGUAAUUCUUUUCAGGGGUUUAAGAGGAUGGACCUGGUGGCUAGUUGCAAGGACAAAUUAGCAUAUUUCCGAAUAAAGGAGCUCAAGGAUGUCCUUACUCAGCUUGGGCUUUCAAAGCAAGGAAAAAAGCAGGACCUAGUUGAUCGGAUACUGGCUAUUCUCUCCGAUGAGCGAGUUUCAGGAUUAUGGGCCAAGAAAAAUGCUGUUGGUAAGGAGGACGUGGCGAAGCUAGUUGAUGACACUUACAGGAAAAUGCAAGUCUCUGGUGCAGCUGACUUGGCUUCAAAAUCACAAGUUGUCUCAGAUAGUACAAACAUAAAAUGUAAAGAGGAAGCUGAAGAUUGUUAUCAAAUGGAAAAGAUACGGUGCGUCUGCGGAAGCACACUACCAACUGAUUCAAUGAUCAAGUGCGAAGAUCCUAGGUGUAAUGUCUGGCAGCAUAUGGCAUGUGUGCUGAUACCCGAGAAACCCACCGAGGGUGUCCUACCAAAUCCUCCAGAUAUUUUUUACUGUGAAGUUUGUAGACUGAGUCGGGCGGACCCCUUUUGGGUGACGGUUGCGCAUCCUUUGUAUCCUGUGAAGUUGAACAUCACGAAUGUACCUGCAGAUGGCUCAAAUCCUAGUCAGAGCAUCGAGAAGACAUUUCAUCUCACAAGGGCAGACAGGGAUUUGUUGUCCAAACAAGAGUAUGAUGUUCAGGCAUGGUGCAUGCUUCUUAACGACAAGGUGACAUUCAGGAUGCAGUGGCCACAAUAUGCAGAUCUACAGGUCAAUGGUGUACCAGUGAGGGCGAUAAACAGACCUGGGUCCCAGUUGCUGGGAGCAAAUGGUCGAGAUGAUGGACCUGUUAUUACACCUUGCACCAGAGAUGGAAUUAAUAAGAUCUUCUUAGGAGGAUGUGAUGCUCGCGUAUUCUGUAUGGGUGUUAGAAUUGUCAAGAGGCGCACGCUGCAGCAGGUUCUCAAUAUGAUCCCAAAAGAGGAUGAAGGCGAGUCUUUUGAGGAUGCAUUGGCUCGUGUUCGUAGAUGUGUUGGUGGUGGGGCUGCCACAGAAAAUGCUGAUAGUGAUAGUGAUAUUGAAGUUGUUGCUGAUUUCAUUCCUGUGAAUCUUCGCUGUCCUAUGAGUGGUUUACGAAUGAAGGUGGCUGGUAGAUUUAAGCACUGCGCACACAUGGGCUGUUUUGAUCUUGAAGUAUUUGUGGAAAUGAACCAACGCUCAAGAAAGUGGCAAUGUCCUAUUUGUCUGAAGAACUAUUCUUUGGAGAAAAUCAUCAUAGAUCCAUAUUUCAACCGAAUCACAUCAAAGAUGCGAAAUUGUGGAGAAGAUGUGGCAGAGAUUGAGGUGAAGCCUGAUGGCUCCUGGCGUGCUAAGGCAGAGGGUGACCGUAAGGGUCUUGGGGAGCUUGGGUUGUGGCAUUUGCCUGACGGUACCAUAUGUCCAUCUGUGGAGGCAGAAACCAAACCAAAAGUGGAACUCAAACCAAUCAAACAGGAAGUUGGUUCUGAUUGUAAUGCUGGUCUUAGACUAGGAAUUAAAAAAAACAGCAAGGGUUGCUGGGAAUUUAACAAACCAGAUGAUAUACAGGGAAUCUCACCUUCGAACAGAUUUGAAGAAAAUUUUGAGGACAAUGGUCAGAAUAUAAUUCCUAUGAGCAGCAGUGCCACUGGCAGUGGCAGAGAUUGUGAGGAUGCUAGUGUUAAUCAGGGUGGUGGUGGAAACCUUGAUUUUUCUGCAAUUAAUGGUAUUGAUUAUGAGUCAAUCUCCAUGAACAUUGAUCCAACACAUGUAUUUGGUGAUCAAAUGACGUCUGGACCAGCUGGGGAUGCUGAAGUAAUUGUCCUCAGUGAUUCAGAAGAAGAAAUUGAACCACUCAUGUCUUCUGGAGCUGUUUACAAGAACACUGGACCAGAUACUGGAGUCCCAUUUCUAGCUGCACAGCACGGAAUUACUGAUUCUUAUUAUGAAAAUCCUGCUGUUGGUAACGGUGGAAGUUCAUGCCUUGGUCUUUACAGCUCAAAUGAUGAUGACUUUGGGGUGAAUAUGUGGCCAUUGCCUUCUGGUAGUCAGGGAGUUCCAGGUUUUCAAUUAUUCGGUUCUGAUUUGGACGUUUCUGACGCCUUAGUUGAAAUGCAGCAUGGUUCUCUUAAUUGCUCAUCGUCUAUUAAUGGCUAUACAUUGGCUGCAGAGACUGCCAUGGGAUCUGCUGCGCUUGUCCCUGAGUCUACUUCUCAACAUACUAAUACGAAUGAUGCCUUAGUAGAUAAUCCCUUGGCAUUUAGCGGCAAUGAUUCUUCCCUUCAAAUAUUUCUGCCGACUAGGCCAUCUGAUGCAUCAGCUGCCCCAUCUGAGUUGGGGGACCAUCCAGAUGUUUUGAAUGCAAUUCGUACUGAGGACUGGAUUUCACUUAGGCUAGGGGAUGGCGUUGGAGGGGGUCAAGCUGAGUCUGCAGCUGCAAAUGAUCUGAGUUCAGGACAACAACUUCAACCUAAGGAUUCUACCUUGGAUUCUUUAGCAGAGAACGCGUCUUUGUUGCUUGGAAUAAACGACAAUAGGUCUGGUAAGACAAGUAGGGAAAGGUCAGAUAGUCCUUUUACAUUUCCUCGCCAACGGCGUUCCGUAAGACCAAGAUUAUAUUUGUCUAUUGAUUCAGACUCUGAGUAAAGCUGUUGGAUUGCAUAUUUUGGAAAUAUCAUCUUCCUGUUAAAUAGACCUUACCAGAUACAUCACUUUUGAAGUACCUUUCCAGAAGGAUUGCUGUCUCAUUCUCGUUGCCUGGUCGAUCUCUGAAAGCAAAUUGCAAGAGCCAAGUAUCUGCACAUGGGAAAACAGUGAUUUUCUGGUAACUUAAAGUCAUUUUGCUGCCACCAAAGGGAUUGCUUUUGACUGGUGACUGUGAACUCUGCUGUCAUUUUCCAGAACUGUAUCUCCUCAACGCCUGGUACUUUUUCCAAAUCCAGGGUCAAUCGGUCAGAACAGGUUUGGCAAUCAUCUUUUUACCUUGCUCACUGGUGAAUUGCAGGUUUAGUACCGGUAAAUUGUACAUUCGACAGUUGCAUUAUUGGGAAAUUGGAUAGGAAGUUAAAUUAGUUUUGAUUGUAGUUGUGGAGGGGGGAGGCUUAGGUAGGAUCCUCGUGCUCUUCUGUCUUGAAUAUCUUGUAUAUCUGAUCGUAAAAGUUCAAUAAUUUUAUAGGGAUAUAAUUUUGUGUAUCAAUUUUCCUCCUAUAAUCGUCUCAAUAUUUGCAUGUGAUUAGUGAUUCUA